AUGGCAAACGAAACUACACCAUUGGUAGCACGACCUGCCCCAGGCUCUAAGAAUCGUGCCUCGGGUACGACGGGCUCUCAUGCUAGAAAACGUCGAAGCACUAUGAGAAGCAAGAAACACAAAGCUACCAAGACUGGGCCGCCAGUCCUCGGGAAUAUUUUCGAAGCAAAAGACGAACCAUCAUCUCGACCCGAGCGCCGUGUCAAGUCAUGGAUGUACACACUUUUGAAUCCAAAGUCAUUACAACUCCACGCUGUGAUCUUCAAGUACUUUAUUGCUACCAUCAUUGUGGCAGACUUUCUUUUUUACGUUGUCUCUACAGAACCUGUCUAUCAAAAGGAGCUUCCUCCUUUGUUUGCCUGGGAAGAAGCAAUCACGUCCUACCUUUUUCUGUUUGAAUACAUUGCUAGGCUGUGGACUAUCACGGAGCACCACAAGUACAGGGGUCAAAUCACUGGUCGAUUGAAGUAUCUUGUUUCCUAUUCGGCCUUGAUUGAUCUCUUUGCCACCAUGCCCUAUUUCGUGGAAGAGUUCACUACCUACGAACUUCCUCAGCUGACUUAUCUCCGUACUUUUCGAUUGUUUCGCAUUCUCAAAACUAAUUCUUUUAUGAAAGCCGGGGAUGCGGUGCGACGAGUUUUGUAUUACAACCGACAAAUCAUGACGCUUUCAGUUUUUGUGGGGCUCUACAUGAUACUAUUUACAAGUCUUCUAAUGUACCAACUUCGACCCAGAGAAACCGAAAGUAAAGAAUUCGAGUCUAUCCCGUCGACCAUGUACCUCGCUACGCUCAUGCUCACUGGUCAAGGAGGACCCGAAGGAGAUUUACCUUGGUACACUAAGGCGGUUGUUUUGGUGACCUCUGCAUUUAGUAUCGGUAUGUUUGCCAUUCCAGUGUCCAUGUUGACUUGGGGAUUUGAGGCCGAAGCGGAAAGAUGUGCCAAGCGAAGCCGUCAACUGGCCAAGCGAGAGGCAUCCACCAAUAACAUCGAUGAUGUGAGUACUGACGAAUAUUCGACGGAUGAAGACUAUCAGAAAAUCAUUGCUGGAGUAGAGUCCUCAUCAUCGUCUGAUGGCGACGACUCUGCGAUUGCUAGGGUAAUGAAAGCUGCCUUUGAUACAAGCGAUGUGGAUGGAUCUGGAUCCAUUUCCUUUGAAGAAUUUAUGAAGCUAAGUCAAUCGCGAACUCUGGAGGCGGCAUCAUUGGAAGGCAGAGUUGCGGUGUUGGAAGACAAGCUUGAUGAAGCUAUUGACAAGAUUGAUAAGCUUUGCAAGCACUUUGCUGUUCGAACCUAA